AUGAUUGAUUCAGUGGAGUUAGUUAAAAUCAUCAGCACACAAACAAUGAUCAGCUGUUCUGCGCGGAUUCAGGCCUUAGCAUGGAGAAUUGAGCUUGACAAUCGCCAGCGUUGGGAAAAUCCGCUGAUGGGGUGGACCAGCUCAGGUGAUCCAUUGUCAAAUAUAUCCAUGAACUUGAAGUUCGCUAGUAAAGAAGAUGCUAUCGAUUUCUGCGUAAAGAAUAGAUGGACUUAUGAAGUAGAGAAAGAGCAUGAGCGCAAAAUACUGCCCAAAAAUUAUGCAUCGAACUUCGCAUGGAACAAGAAGACUCGUGUCAGCACUAAAUAG